AUGGACGUGGAAUACCCUGCAACGCUGAAUGACUACAUCCAGUCGGAAAAUGAUGGGGCAAACGGUAUGCUGCAGCUGGCGAAUGAGUAUCACUCGUCCUGGCCGGGCUCAAAAAUGGGUCUUUUAGGCUAUUCGCAGAUCUUUACGCGAAUGAAUAACACCGUGUGCAAGCAGUACAGCUACCGCAUGGCAUCAUGGUGUGACAAAGGUGACGAGCUUUGCGAUGCAGGCCAUGUAGAUGCAAUUCACGGUCUAUAUCUUCAGAAAUACAACGCCACCAUGGUUCAAUAUGUGCUUGAAAGAUGGCAAAAUUCAACAGUGUCUUCUGUUACUACCACAGCUGUAUCCACAGACUUGUCCACAAGUUCACGGACAACCGGUGUGUCAACCAGCACACAUAAAGCAUCGCCCACGGCCGCAGAGUCCGAUCAUCCCUCCACUAGCACUGCGUCCAGACCUACUAUACUAGGAUGA